AUGGAAAGUGUAAAUCAGACAGACAUGUUAGAAUUCCUUCUCCUGGGUCUCUCAGACAAUGCUGAACUCCAGCCUCUCAUCUUCAGUCUCUUCCUGUCCAUGUACCUGAUCACCAUCCUUGGCAACCUGCUCAUCAUUCUGGCCAUCAUCUCUGACCCUCACCUCCACACCCCCAUGUACUUCUUCCUCUCCACCCUGUCCUUCAAUGACAUCUGUUUUAUUACAACCACCGUCCCCCAGAUGCUGGUGAACAUCCACACACAAGACCAGAGCAUCACGUACAUAAAAUGUCUCUCUCAAGUGUGUUCCGAGUUGAUUUUUGGUAGUUUAGAAAAUUGUCUCCUUGCAGUGAUGGCCUAUGAUCGCUAUGCGGCCAUUUGUCACCCACUUAAGUACCCAGUCAUCAUGAACCCCCACAUCUGUGUUCUGUUGGUUCUUGUCUCUCUGCUCAUGAGCAUAGUGUAUGCCCUCCUCCACACUCUGAUGGUGUUACGUCUGUCCUUCUGCACACACCUGGAAGUCCCCCACUUCUUCUGUGAGCUUGCACAGAUCAUCAAGUUAGCCUGUUCGGACACACUCAUCAAUAACCUAAUGAUCUAUGUAGCAUCUAGUCUAUUCGCAGGUGUUCCUUUCUGCGGAAUUAUUGUCUCCUAUAUUCACAUUGUGUCUUCAGUCUUGAGGAUGCCAUCAUCAAGAGGAAAGUACAAAGUGUUUUCCACCUGUGGGUCACACCUGUGUGUGGUUUCCUUGUUCUAUGGGACAGGUUUUGGGGUGUACAUCAGCUCCGCAUUCGUUGAGUCCCAGAGGAAGACUGCAGUCGCUUCUGUGAUGUAUUCUGUAGUGACACAGAUGCUGAAUCCCUUUAUCUAUAGUUUAAGGAACAGAGACAUGAAGGAAGCCUUCAGGAAACUUAGUAAUUAUUUGGCUUCUCCUUUGUAA